CAAAACCUCCCUUCUCUUCCAAGUCGGUUUGUUUUAUUGCAUGCGGAAGUCGUGCCCGAACCAGCCUCUCUUCGUCUUCCGGUCUUCGCUUGGUUCGGUCAGCGUGCCUAAAUCUGGUUCAACGCCUUUAUAUACACAAGCUGUAUCGGUUUUCUUCAUGUUUUUCCCUGUUCCAAUCUCUUGAAAGUUCGAUCGGAAGGGUUGUUGUUGUUGUUGCUCUUUUUCUGAUCUCCCGGUGUUUUGGGAUCUCGAGACUUGGGUUUUGCUUGCUUUUUGAUUGUAGAGCGGAAUAGAGGAGAAAUUUGCGAUCUUGUGUUGAGAUUAGUUAGAAUUGUUGCAGAGUUUCUUGGGCUUGAUUGAUGGGGGGUAAGCUUUCCACAGAGGAGAGUUGGGAUGAGAAUUCGAGUCCAUCAUCGCACCGUUCGACUUCUUAUCCUUGGAUUCGCGGUACGAGUAUGCGCAGCCUCCUCUGUACCGUCAAGAGAGCGUGAGCGAUCCGCCGCCACGGUAUGCGCAGCCUCCUCUGUAUCGUGAAGAGAGCGUGAGCUAUCCACCGCCACAGACAGCGUAUCCACCACCGCAGAUGGCUUAUCCGCCGCCCCAGAUGGCUUAUCCUCCGCCGCAGGAGUAUUAUCCGCCGCCUCAAGAGUAUGGGGAUGGGGGCGGUCAAGCACGCAAUGACCGGAGAAGGCUCGACAAGAGGUAUUCGACUAUCGCAGAUGGUUUCAAAUCCCUGGAAGAGGUUACUGAGGCUCUUGCGUGCGCUGGUCUCGAGUCUUCCAACCUUCUUGUUGGUAUUGACUUUACUAAGAGCAAUGAGUGGACAGGUGCAAAGUCAUUUAACAAGCGCAGCUUGCAUGACAUUAGCAUGGUGAACCCCUAUGAACAAGCGAUAUCCAUCAUAUGGAGAACCUUGGCCAUUUUUGAUGAAGAUAACCUGAUUCCUUGUUUCGGGUUCGGAGAUGCAUCGACGCAUGACCAAGACGUCUUCAGCUUCUACCCAGAUGAUAAAUAUUGUAAUGGUUUUGAAGAAGUUUUGCACCGUUACAGAGAAAUACUCCCUCAUUUGAAGCUUGCAGGACCUACUUCUUUUGCACCAAUUAUAGAGAUGGCCAUGACAAUUGUUGAACAAAGUGGCGGGCAGUACCAUGUCUUAGUGAUAAUUGCUGAUGGACAGGUGACUCGGAGUGUCGACACUGCACCAGGCCAACUAAGUCCACAGGAGAGGAAGACGGUUGAAGCAAUUGUUGAAGCAAGCAAGUUGCCUCUUUCAAUCAUAUUAGUCGGGGUGGGAGAUGGGCCUUGGGACACGAUGAAGGACUUCGAUGACAAUAUCCCUGCUCGAGCAUUUGAUAAUUUCCAGUUUGUCAAUUUUACCAAAAUUAUGUUGAAGAAUGCGGCGCCUCAAAGAAAGGAGACAGAAUUUGCUCUUUCAGCCUUAAUGGAAAUACCUUCUCAGUACAAGGCAACUAUUGAGCUUAAUUUACUUGGCCAAAAAAGAAAUAUUUCUCGGAGGGUUCCUCUCCCGCCGCCUGUAUAUGGUACACCAUCCAAUGGUAUGUUGAAGCCUUCCCGUCCAACCAUCUCUCAGCCAAGUGUUUCGCCUUAUCACAGAGAUAGCUAUCCACCAACCUCACAGCCAAGUGUUGCACCUUAUUAUGAAGAUUAUCCAGCAAUCUCCCAGCCAAGUGUUCCACCUUAUCCCGGGGAUAGCCGGCCAACUCCCACAGCUCCGUCUGCUCCAAGUGCCACUAAUGAUGAUCAGCUUUGCCCUAUUUGCUUUACCAAUAAGAAAGACAUGGCUUUUGGUUGCGGGCAUCAGACAUGCUGUGAGUGCGGGCAAGAUCUUCAGCUGUGCCCCAUUUGUCGAAGCUCGAUCAUUACUAGGAUAAAGCUCUACUAGCAAUUGGGUUUUCUCCCAUUCGCCGCGAUUCAUUAAAUUUUGCCAUCAUUAACCAUGCAAGUCAUAGAGGCUGCCACGGGUUCUGAUCCCUCAGUAUUGUUUGCGGAUCCAUGAGAAGACUCUUCUGCAUCGGUUGUUUAUUCGGGAUUUUGCGGCCCUCUGUAUAUAAUGAUCUCAACCUAAACUUAUUUGUUUAUUGAUUUUGUUGAUAAUGGUUGGGUAUCGAUUAUUUGCCAACACCAAAUGACCUAAUUGUAGACUGUAAAUGUGAUAUGCUUUGAGAGAAACAAAAGCUCGUGGGUCUGAUUUUGCCUGCCUAUUUAUCGUGCUGUUUCAUUCAA